AUGGAGUUCUGUUUCCUGCCAGUACGGAAGCAUUUUGGCCCCAAAAAGCCUAAGAAACCUUUCGUUUAUGCAAAAGGAGAGGCCCCAUUCGAAAAGCUCCUGCCCGAGCUCUGGUGGGAAGUAGUCACCUACCUCCCGACAAACGAAAUGCUUGCCCUUCGGCUGAUCUCCAAAGAGAUGGAGAGGAAGAUAUUCACCCUCGCUUUCAAACUCAUCCUGCCGCGUCUACCGACACUCCAUACAAAGCUAACUCGCUCGAGCAUUCAAAAAAUCCAUACAAUCGCCUCGAACUCUGAGCUCUGCCACAUCCCACGAGCCAUGCGAGUCGUGUAUCCAUGGCGCUAUCUCUGCCCUGGUGAAAAACUCAGCGCCAAAAGCGAGUUCAUGCAACUUUCCUUGAAAUUACCAGAGAUCCAUACCCUGAUGAACGACCUCAAGUACUCUCUCACCAACUGUCGCAGCUUUGAGAUCUGCAUAGAGGCAACAGUGACCCAGAUACAGGCCGAGAGUGAAUACAUCAACAUCUUGCUUCAAAUUCUUGCCGAAGCCGACAUUAAUCCGGAGCAGCUUACCUUUUCUGUUCCGCCAGAUCGAGCCAAAAUCUUAGUUGGCGCUAGCUCUAGUAAUGCCAGAUCAUUCUUUCAUAUUAAAGAGCCUUGCGACAUGAUUCGCGGCUGGACAAACCUACACACCCUGAAAAUUGUCGACGACGAAGCCAUUCGCUGUGGUGAAGCUGUGGAACCCGCUGUCUGCCAGAUCCUCAAGGAGGCGCCGUGUCUGGAGCGCCUCAUCUUCAGCGAGAGUUGCAAAACUCCUGUACGGAAUAGGAACUCCCUGUCACCUCUCAGUAAGGCCGGUCCUUUCCCUCGAUUGAAACAUCUAGAGCUUCAUUCUGUUGCCGUCCAUUCUGUGGACCUCCUCAGAUUGUUGAGAGUCAACGGUCGGUACCUGGUCUCCGUGGGCUUCUUCGAUUGUUGGUGCCACAUUCCAGUGCGCUGGGAAUCCUUACUUUGGCUCAUGAAAGGCUAUAUGCCCAGGUUGAACUCGUUCACCCUCCAACAGUGUGGUAUCGACCGCUCGAGUCGACCUUACACUUACACAUACGAGGGCCCAGAUAUCGGGGAUAUACUGGGGAAACUGAGAUUUAAUUUACGUGGACAUUAUUUCUAG